GCCAAAGCAGCUAGCAUGUAGCUGAAAUAUUAGCCAAACUGAAAAAUAGUAAAAAAAUAAAAAAAAUCUUAGUAAAUGCUAAAAUACUCCAAAAAGAUGCAAAAUUAUUGAUAAUAAAAAGUUAGGAAUAUUAUUAAAGAAUAAAUUGACUUAAACCUUAACUAACUUCAAAAUUUUACUCUUAAUAAAAAAUAUAUUUUGUCAAAAUUAUGCAAGUUAGAAAUGAGUGGAAGAUAACAUCAGGUCAUUAAUACCAAUAAAAUAAAAUGAUCUGAAGGGCCAGAAAUACUUACUCGGCAGCCUCGGCUUUGACAGAUGCGACUUAAAGUGUUGAAAAUUAGCAAAACGUUUUCCUCCCAAAAGUGUUUUUGUGAAGUAAAGGAUGCAGCCAUUUGGAAAUGAACAGGAAAAGUCCUUUGACUGCCCCUAGUGGAAUGAUAAUGAACUGCAGGGCAGAAAACAUGAACCAAUUUACAUGCAAUGGAAAGUUUUGAUAAUGCUAAUGAGAUAGGGGUCUCAGAAUUAGGUGUAUCAAAUAUGGUUGUGGAUUGAUGCAGCCUUACUGCUAUGUGUCUUAUUUUUGACUGCUGAGUUGUUGUGUUUGCACACACCAGGACCAUAAAUCAGGCAGUUAACAUGUGUGGAUGCUCUUCGGAGCUUCUCUGUGCUCUGCUGAGACCUGAAGAAGUCUGUCUGCCUCUCUGACUCUUCAGAGGAUGAGUGCCUCUCAGGAGGAGGCAGAGGUUCUGGACUGCAGUCCCUCAGGACCUCCUGACCUCAGUGAUGAACAUGGAUCUUCAGACAGAAAUAGGAGGAAGAGGAGGAGUGACUGUGAGAGGGAGGAGGAGGAGAUGCUCUGCUGUGCUUCCUGUGAGGUUGUGCUCAAGCAUCCCUUCUCCCCCUGCUGUGGACACCUGUUCUGCAGACAGUGCAUCACCUCAAACAGGGAGCAGUCUGCUCUACCGGGCCACUGCCCCAAAAAAUCCAGAGUUGAACUGAAGGCGGACAGAGGUGGAGCAGAGGAGGGUCACCAGAGCGUUCCAGACGAACGCCACACGGGCCGGCCGGCUGACGGAGCUGAACCUCUGAUCCACGGUGAGCCUGGAAGGGACAGGACUUCAGUGCACAGGAUGGAGGAGGAGGACAGCAUCGCUGUGGUUGGAAUGGGAUGCAACUUUCCUGGAGGAGAAGGGCUGGAGAACUUCUGGAAGGUUCUGGAGGGCGGCAGAAACUGCUCGGCCACAGUUCCCAAAAGCAGAUUUGACUUGGCGAGCUGGCAUGACCCUGAUGCCACCAAAGUGGGCAAAUCCUGCACAGAGAAGGCAGCCCUGGUUGACGGGUUUAAUGAUUUCGACAACAAACUCUUUGACAUCAGUGAUAUUGAGGCGAAACAAAUGGACCCUCAACAAAAACAACUCCUUCAGUGCGUCUACAGGGCAUUGGAAGAUGCUGGUCUUCCAAUGGAGAAAGCCAGCGGGACCCGAACAGGAGUAUUCAUUGGCAUCAUGAACAGAGAUUAUGAAAGCAAUGGGGGAAAUAUCCACCCAAGUCUGAUAAACCACUUCACAGGGACAGGGCUGGCCAUGAGCAUCGCUGCAAACAGAGUAUCCUACUGCUUUAAUUUCACCGGCCCGUCUCUGACCUUAGACACUGCCUGCUCAUCUUCGCUUGUGGCUCUUCAUCUGGCUUGUCAGUCCAUUAGACAAGGUGACUGUGAAAUGGCUGUUUGUGGAGGAGUGAACUUCAUCACGGAGCCAAGGGUGUUUGUGGUGCUCAGUAGAGCCAAAAUGAUCUCCCCUGAAGGGACCAGCAAGCCUUUUUCCAGCCGAGCGGAUGGCUACGGCAGAGGGGAGGGCUGUGGGGUCGUUCUCCUGAAACCCCUGAAAAAGGCUCUAGAGGACCAUGACAACAUAUGGGGCAUCAUCAGCAAAACUGCAGUCAACCAAGAUGGACGUACAGUCUCCCCAAUCACCAGACCCUCCAUGACACAGCAAGAAGAACUGCUGCGUAAAAUCUACUCACACUCUGACAUUGCUAAUGUCCAGUAUGUGGAGGCUCAUGGAACUGGGACACCAGUUGGAGACCCAACAGAGGCGCAAAGCAUAUCUAAUGUGAUUGCUAAAGCCAGACCUUGUGGUUCGGAAGCUCUGUGGAUUGGGUCUGUGAAAGGGAACAUUGGACACACAGAGUCUGCAGCUGGAAUAGCUGGGGCCAUGAAGGUCAUGCUAAUGAUGAAGCACGAAACCAUUGUUCCUUCUGUUUUUCACUCUGAUGAGAAUUGCAGUGUUGAUACCAAAUCCUUGAAGAUUAAAAUUCCCAACAAAACAGAGCCAUGGGAAUCUUCCAGGGCAAGAGUUGCAGGUGUGAACAACUUUGGCUUUGGUGGAACAAAUGCACAUGCAAUUAUCAAGCAACACAUCCCGUGCAAUUUUAAGAAAAAGUGUGACGAAAGACUUACAAAAUACUUUGUCUUGUCAGCCAGUUCUCCAAAGUCUCUUACAAUGAUGACUGAGGACACUAUUAGACAUCUUGAUGCCCACGCAGAAGUUGAUCUAGAUUCUCUGUUGUACACAUCAGCUUGCAGACGAAGCCACCAAAAACACAAAUACAGAAAGGCCAUUGUGACAUCAUCCAUUGCUGACCUGAAGGAAAAGUUGUGUGCCAGUGUAGACCAAAAUGUCAGACCAGCCCUAUCAGAUCCAAGACUGGUGUUUGUGUACUGUGGAAAUGGUGUCAACUACCAUGGCAUGUGCAAGCAGCUUUUGAAAAGUGAGCCAAUAUUCAGAGAGUGCAUCAAAGAGAUAUCUCAACUUUUCCAGAUCCACAGCUCUCUGAACAUUCUGAACACACUUGAGAGUGAUUUUGAAAGAAAUGACUUUCAAAACCCAGAUGUUGUUCAACCACUACUUUUUGCUAUCCAGGUUGGCAUCACCACCUUGCUCAGGUGUUGGGGGGUCAAGCCUAACGCUGUGCUUGGACACUCUGUGGGUGAAGUUGCAGCUGCUCACUGCUCUGGACUCUUGUCUCUAGAGGAAGCCGUAAAGGUCAUUUACAUUCGCAGCUCAAUGCAGAGCAAAGUCACUGGGGGGAAGAUGCUUGUGAUCAGCAACAUGGCGGUCUCAGAGGUAAGCUCCUUACUCACCAAGUACGCUGGGAGAGUAAGUCUCGCUGCUUUCAACAGCCCACAGUCCUGCACCCUUUCAGGUGAUGCAGAUGCAAUUGAAAGCAUCCAUGGGGAGCUACGCGCCUCAGAUAGCAGAAACACUCUAUUCCUUCGUGUUCUAGAUGUCCCUUCUGCUUACCACAGCCACAUGAUGGAUUCAAUCCUGCCUGAUAUCAGGGAAACAAUUGGUCCCCUCCAAGCUAGUGUCCCUGAGACAGAGCUGUACUCAACAGUUACAGGGAAAGAAGUACAGCAGGGAGACUUCUGCACUGGUGAAUACUGGGCUAGAAACAUUCGUGACCCUGUUGUUUUUGAGGAGGCAUUAAAGGUGGCACAGAAAGAAAACAGAAACACAGUCUUUCUAGAGGUAGGACCAAGAAAGGCACUUCAGAGAAACAUCAUGGAAACUCUGGGGGACAACACAGCUGUUGUAGCUUCAGUGGAACCACAAAGAGAACAGGAAUCAACCAUUUCUGUGUUGUCUAAACUGUUUGAACUAGGUGUUGCAGUAGAUUGGAACAGUUUUUACAGAGGCCAUGAGACAAUACCGCUGCCAUUCCCAAAGUAUCACUUUGACUGUUCAGACAGAGAUGUUAUCAUUGCAGCAGCAAAGAAUAACAAAGGCAGCUCUCACCCCGUGCUUUGUCAGACAGGAAGUGAAGAUAACCUUUUCAUCUGUGACCUCACAUCUGAUACUACUUUCUACUUGAAAGAGCACAAGCACGCGGAUGUUCCCAUAGUUCCUGGUGCAUUCUAUGUCGACUUGGGUUUGGCUGCAUUUUUGGCAAUCUCUAGACCAAAGGUACCCCUCAGCUCACUGCAGAUCAGUGUCAGCUUUCACAAGCCAUGUGUAUUAACACAAAAUUAUCCAGAAAUAAAGGUCCAACUGACUCAAAAGGAGAAUGAAACCAGCUUCACUGUUUUCUCCUCGUCCGCAGAGUAUGCUUCAGGCUCAGUGGUUUCAAAACUAGAAGACCUGAUUGAAGAGCCGUGGAUUUCACUCAGCUCUAUCCGCAAACGAUGCACAUCUGUGCUGAACUUUCAACAGUUUUAUUCCUAUCUGUCUGAGCAAGGCUUCCAGUAUGGAGAGGUCUUUCAGAAUAAGGGAGAUGUUUACUAUGGGAAGGAUCUGAUGGAAGCUUUUGCAGCUGUAUCAAUUCCUGAGGAGCUACUGCCUCAUUUGCAUGAGUGCUGCAUUCAUCCUGUUGUGUUGGAUUAUCUGAUUCAGCUUCUCCCUCUUACGGUGAAGCACAUCACAACUGACAGAGUUGGAUUUCCUGCCAAAGUAGGAAGUCUGACAGUGUUUCAACCCUUACAAAAGGACAUGAUCAUCUAUCUGCGGGCAACUCAUGUGGGAAUGGACCACUUUGAGGUUUGUGGAUGCUUUGCUGACAUGGAAGGAAGAGUGCUGGUAGAGGCUAAAGAUGUGAUGUUCAAGGACCUCAGUAACGUGAACAUUGAAGAGUACUUUUACCACAAUUCUUUCAGUGUCGUCCUAGAAAGUUCUACUACUUCUCCUCCUCCAAAGGCUUUGGUCUUUUCAGAUGUAUUAGGGAUCUCAGAUGAUCUGAAACAACAUUUGGACCAAGGAUCUAGAUAUGUUUCCUUCACACAUGCCAACCACAUCGUAAAUCAUGGAUUUUCUUCACUUUUGACAAAUCUCAAUAUCACAGAUAUUGAGAAAAACUUUGAUGAGGCAUUGUUCCUAUGGUACACAGAAGACCUCCCAUCAUUGAAAUUUGAUGUCCUUUCGCAAAUUCUGGCGAAUUGCUGUGAUGUUUUUCGCCAAAUAAUUGUUGAGCUGAGGAAGAUUAAAUUCUCCAAAGCAAUCAGAGUGGUGACUUACAGUUCAUCUGACAUCACUGUAGAUCGCAUAAGUCCAGGUUUUGUUUUUGCUGGUUUGACCAGAUCCUUUGCUGCAGAGAUGUCAGAUCUUUCCUUUCAACUCGUCGACAUGGAAAAGAUUUCCCCAGAGAACAUUACUGCUCUCUCUGAGGUCCUAAGACAAUAUCCUUGCAACGACUUCCCAGAGUUGGUGGUAAAAGAUGGGAAAAUCUUCAAACCUACCAUUAUCCACUCUCCUCUAGAUGUCACUGACAGAGCAGAGGGAAGUUGCAUCUCUGCAAAUUCAAAGCCUUUCAUUCUCGAGACGAAUGAUGGCAAAAGAAUCAGUCAGCUAAGUGCUCUUCAGUUCGACAAGGAUCCUGGACCAAUCUGCAACACUUUUGUUGAAAUCAAGCUCAGUAAAGUAUGUGUUCAUUCAUCUGAUUACUUUCCCGUCAGUGACUCACAUUUGAAAAGUGGCCAGACUCUCUACUGGAACAAGCACUCAUCUCAAAAACACAAGCUGCUGGCCCUUGACUAUAGUGGCAUCAUCAAGGCAGUUGGCAAAGAUGUAACAACACUUAAAGUGGGGGAUCACAUUGCCUCUUGCUAUCCCAUUGUGGCAGCUGAUAAGGUCAGAGUUCCUGAGUCUGUUUGCUACAGCACUGAGACUCUCCCAUUUCUGCGUGAGACACCAUGUGUUUCAUUCCUUGUGCUUUCAUGGCACAUCCUCCGUCCAGUCUUGAGCAUAUCGAAACAGAAUCUGGGGAUCUUGUGCUCAGAACCACAUGCUGCUCUUGUGGAUGUCUUGACACAUACCUCUACCAAACUGGGCUGCAAUGUAAUUGUCAGCACACAUUGUGAAGACUUUUUUGACAUUCAGUUAGAUGCACUUGUCAUUGUGCCACCUUUUGAUGAAACCAUGACUGCUAAAAUAGCUGAUCUCUCCGGACUUCAAGUUGUUGUUCUUCUCUGUGAAUCUCAAGUUAAGGGUGUUUUGGUUCAGGAUGUUUUCCAAAGUGUAAAAGACGGUGUUUAUGUGCAGACAGUUCAGAUGCAAGAAGUUUUGCAAAAAGGAAACCUGAGUGCACACGGGCCGCACGUUCUUCAGUGGCUCAAGUCCCUCAGCUUAGAGAAGAAGUGUGCUCCUGAAAUGAACCCUUUUCAAAAUGUCAAGUCUGAAGCCGCAAGUACCUGUUCAGAGGGAUCUGCCUCCUACUUCAGCUCAAAGAAACUGGCUGUGGUGUCUCUGCAGGACAAUGUAGACGGAAACACCUCUGACAUCCCAGUGCUGCCAACAAAGAAGCAGUUUUUCACAAAGGGAGCAGUUUACAUUGUGACCGGUGGUCUCUCUGGUCUAGGCUUUGAAACAGUCAGAUUUAUUUCCCAGAGAGGGGGGGGCAAUGUUGUCAGCCUGUCCAGGAGCAAGCCUUCAGCAGAGGUCCAGCAGGAAAUGUGUGCUCUGGAGAAGGAGCAUGAAAACUGCAUCAUUAGCAUGCAGUGUGAUGUUUCAGUCUUUGAAGAUGUGCAUAAGGUGAUCAUCGCCAUUGGACAGAAGUUCCCUGGCUGUCCUAUCAGAGGAGUGUUUCACAGUGCAGUUGUUCUGCAUGAUGGGAUCAUUGAGGCUCUGAACACAUCUCUUUAUGAGAAGGUUUUCAAACCUAAAGUGAAUGGGGUGUUGAAUUUACACCGUGCCACACAGCACUGUCCACUGGACUACUUUGUGUGUUACUCCUCCAUUUCUGCUUUCUUGGGAAACCCAUCACAAUCAAACUAUGCAGCUGCCAACUCUUUCCUUGACAUGUUCUGCCAUUACAGGCGUCAACUUGGGCUGCCGGGACAGUCCAUCAGCUGGGGGGCACUGAAAUUGGGACUGCUUGACAAUAAGGAGCAUUUGCAGCACAUUUUGGAAGUUUAUGGCAUCAUGGGGCUUGAACUAGCUGAAAUUCGAAAAAGUUUAGAGCAGUGCCUCAAACUCAACCGAGCCCAGCAGGCUGUUUGCAGGUUUAACUUCAAAAACAUCAGCUAUAACGUCUUCUCUCACAAUAGCUCCUUGACCAAGCGGCUGUACGCAUUAGUCGAGGAAGCUAUUCGGAAAUCCAGACAGGGAUUUUUCCAGACAAAGAAAGCCAACUCAAUCCCACCAAGAGAGUACAUCACAACUCUGCUCAGUGAGACUUUUGGCUUGGACAAGAGUGAGAUGACAGAUGAGUCUUUUCUUUCAGCCUUAGGCAUGGACUCCAUGCAGGCAAUGACUGUACAAAACCUAAUCCUGCAGGAGAGAAGAGUCAAUCUCCCCUUGGUGAAACUUUUGGAUCCUGCUGCCACACUCUCAACUCUGGUGGCUACUCUAACGGAGUCAGAAAUGGUCAGAAAUGUAGCUUCAAGCAGUCCUUAACAAAUGUGAGACACUUAAAGAAAAGUUUAUGUGUCUGCUUCAACCAGUUGAUGGCCAGGGCGUGGAAGUCACCAUUGUCGCUGCAGAUUUCAGCAGUCCUUGAGAGAAAAAAAAAUAUUAAAAAUCAAACAACAAAAAAACAAAUUGGGAACCAAACUACUAAACUAAGGGUUGUGCAAUGGUGUAGCUCUGUUGUUGCCUGGUUUAUAUCCUGGCAGGAUAUUCUGUUUGUAUGACGCUUGCACAUUUUCCAUGUGAAGAUGAGUUUUAUUUAACACAUUCUUCUUACAGAUGAUCACACAUGUUGCUGUAGCUGUCCACUGAUGAUCUGAUGAAGGGAAAACGAGAAUACUCACUUCAUGCUACUAAAGGAUGGUAGAGCAUCACUACAACUAACAUGCUUCAUAAACUAAAAAUAUCAAUAAAAGUUACCCUGAAUAUAGAAAGUUGGUUUUGCAAAGUGGGAUUUCUACCAACCAAAUCCCUGCAUUCCAAUCCUGAACUUGGUUCAAACUAGAAAGUGCCAAAAGUGCCCAAAAAGACUUCUAGAGACAGGGCACAAUUACUUUACUGACUCCUGUGUCCAACUUUACAACAAAUGUAAAUAUAUCUACAGCUGGUUUCAAUGAUCUUUUUGAUAAAUAUUUUUAAUGGUAACUCAGGGAUGGUGGUGGGAUGAAAUCUGUCAUAUUGAUUGUAUCAGAACUUGAGUUUGUGUCAAUUUAGGGUUUUGUUUUUCAAUCCAACCAAAUCGCCGUUUUUUAUCUCGUUGUUGAGUUGGGUGGAGCAAAUGCCCAUUUUUUAUGCACAGAAAUCAUUGGCUUCAGAGAUUAUGUGUUUAGUGCACAGUUUUUCAACCAGUGUGUCGCAGUACACUCUGUAAAGUGAAAGAUCAUCAGGUGUCCAAAGAAAAACUUUGACCAGUGCCAGGAUAUCAGCUCUGUGAGCAUAAAAGAGCUUUUUCUUUGUGUUUGUUUGAUUCUCAUUGAUGACGGUAUAUUGUUGUUCUUUUUUUUAUAUAUUUGUGCUUGGUAGUGUGUCUUGUGAUGUUUAUCAAGGAAAAAAAACGCAUCUUGGCUCAAAAAAGGUUUAAGACUGGUUUAGUACAUAUAUGUCAGUACUACCAAUCAUUGACACUUAAACUUGUGCCAGACAUGAUGACCUUUGUUGUCAACAUUUGAGAAGGCAAUCUGAAGAAUUUACAGCCAGUUUUAACACUUUUAUCAAAUUUAAGAUAAAGAGUUUAAGGGAAACAUGCACAAACUCAGAAAGUGAAAGCUGUGACUCUUUUGUGACCAAAUUUAAUUGGACUAUAACUAACCUGGAGUUGAGGAGUGGAUCAAAAUGUUUCAAAAUGAGUUCUCCAGUUGGCAACAAGACAAUCAGACACUCAGAACACAGAGUAGAAAAGAAGCUCAACAUUAUGAGGUUCAAUAUAAAUCUGUUCACUGCUUCUGUUAAACAAUCUUCAAAUAAACAUUUUAAAAUCAUACCUUUGAAUAACAGAUUUUGGAAGAAUUUAUGAUUCUACACACAAAAGAAUGCUUUCUGAAGGCUUUUAUUUUAAAGAAAAGGUGCAUUUCAAUGUUCCACCAAAGCAACAUUAAGAUAAACACAAACUAAAUGCAUACUUGACGCUCUGGCCUAUGCUAAAUUCUCUAAAAUCAAGAAACAAAAUUAAGUACAAUUAUGAAUUAGGUUAAUAUCAGGCUUAACAAAUAUAUUUUUCUUCCACUAAAAACUCUUAUAGUUAUGUUCUGAUUAAGACUUGUGGAGGAAAGUUUUCUAUUCUUUUUCAUGACGAUUCCAGAACGACACGAUUAACUUUACUUUGAAAUAAAAAAUUAAAAAAAACGUUUACUUUUUUCAAUCUUGGUUGUAAUUUUUACUUUGAAACAUGACUGAAAUAAACAUAUAUUCUUGUAAGCUUAAA